AUGGACCCAUUAUCGAUCGUCGGUGCAGUCGGGUCGAUACUGGGAAUCAUUGACCUGGCGACCCGAAGCAUCAAGGCCUUGACCGACUUACAAGGCCGCUAUACGAGUAUCGGUCUCAGAGCAAGAGUCCUAAUAGGGCAAUUAUCGACUCUAAAUGCAGCCCUUGGCCAGAUCAAACAAAUCCUCGAUCUUCUUGGUCCAGGAAGCCCGAUCGGAGAAGAUUCACAAAUUUCGGCAAUUCUGUCGGUUCUGGAUCAACGACUGUCUCGGAUGCAGCAAGGCCAUCUCACGAUGCGGGAAAAGACCGGCAUUUUGUGGCAUGAGAAAGAAACUACUGAUUUCCAAUCCCUGUUGAACAACCAGGUCAAUGCGUUGAAUCUUCUUCUAACCGCGCUUCAGUGCAAGUCUAUCAUUGAACAGAGCCUAUUCCUGCAGAGGUCAGAGAGUCGGGUGGUGUUCGACCGCAUUAAAGAUGAUACCUCGUCCUUACUCUGGUUAAGAGACUCGGACUCGGAGACGACCAAGAAAAGCACCGUUGCAGAAGACUUAAGCUUAAUAGAAACAAGAUUUGCCUUCGACUCAGACCUCUUCAGUUCGAGGGUUUAUUGCUCGGCAGCCAGAUCCACCAUGGUACAUGCGCUGAAAGGAACCACAGUAAAGCCUUCAAAUGAAGAGGGUAGUAUCGUGCCUGACGAUAAUGCCACGGAGGGAGCAUUCUCCAUUCUGAGCAAUGAAGAAGCCAUCAGCAUUUGGGAACCUAUGGAAUACAGACCAGAUCAGGAACACCCCACCCACAGUAUCAAUGCAGGGCGAGCAUGGGGUCUGAUAAAAGGACUAAGCCGGCCCCGCACUGCUCCCAGCUUGGUCUCAAACAUGUUGCCUACCAGAAGACGAAGCCGGGCUACAAAUUCUCUUACUGUGAGACAAGCAAAAACAAGUAGUCAGUGGCUCUCCUCAAUAGCUCUGCGGGGCCUAUGGGGGCGAGAAGCAUCACCCGAUCCUUGUGCUGGAAAUAACUCUUUAGAAGCGACUCAUGUGGCAACUAUCCCCCAAAGAGUCCUCUUUCUCGGAUCUUCCAAAACCGGGAAGUCUACGGCAAUGAAUGUGUUGAACCUUCUCGCCGGGUGUCCCUCGGAUGUUUCUCAGCUAUUUCCGUCUAGACUUACUAUCCUUGAGUCAAUCAACGACCAAUUGCGCCAGAUCCUUGAUGAUGGAGAAGGAUUCGCUUGUGCCGGAGGCAGUGGUGAUGGGGAAUACGCAGCAAUGUGCAGUGUCUCCGAUUAUGUCACUCAGCUGCUAGAAACGAUGCAUAAGAUGUCUAUCCAGCGACGACAGGCCACAAUGGCCGACAUAGGAAUCACCAUGGCGCGGUAUACCAACGGGCCGUCUGAGGUGAUAUUCUGUGAUGCCUCAGGGAGUCUUAUGGAAAGAAGAAACUGGUACCUCGUAUUUGGUGCAGCAACAAAGGUCCUGUACUUUGUAGAUGCAGGAUCGUACGACCAGCUUUUAACGGAAGAUAAUACCAUAAACCGUCUAAUAGAUGAUUUGACGCUGUUCCAGCUCAUAUGCUCAUAUGAAGCGCUCAGUCAUGUGGAGAUAGUUCUGUUUAUUCAUAAGAUGGAUAAGCUAGAACGCAAGCUAAGGACAAGGCCGUUUCCUUGGAGAGGCUUUGAACAGUGGGGAACGUUUAGUGGAGACCCCCAGUCAGUUGACGAUGUCAGGGAUUAUCUCUAUAACGCCUUCUCGACCAUUGCGCAAGAGUCUAGCCGCUCUAUCUCGGUCACAUUCACCAGCUUGAAGAAACCUGAAGAAUUUGGCAAGACGGUCUUGUCAUAUGCCUCGUCCCUCGUUACCAUGGUGUGA